AGUACGGGCAGGUUUGCUGAUGGCGAGGAGUAGGUUCUCCCGCUCCUGCCGCCGCAGUAGGAGCAGCCCCUGAACAUCACUGUUCACGUUCCUGGGGUAAUAAUAAAGUUAUCGGUAAACAUUUUUUUUAAAGUGAGCCAGCCGGUCUAGGCGGCUCCGUGAGGCGGCAGCGGCGGCGGUGAUUGCGCCGCGACCGCGACUGAAAGGAGCUGGUCUCAUUAGGGCGGGCUUGGAGCAGUGAUAUUUCAGUUCAAUUCAACAGACAUUUAUUAAGCACCAACUAUUUGCAAGUCACUGUACUUGGUGUCGGGGAGACAAAGACAAACAAUGAAACAUUCCCUGUCCUCAAGGAGCCUUCAUUCUACUGGGGGGAUACAACAUAUACACAAAUUUGAGAGAAAAAACCUAAGUAUCUGAAAAUAGUGUUGAUACAAUAAUUUAUCUUCAACUCAGAAUGUUGGAAGAGGAUGUGGAAGUGGCCAUCAAGGUGGUGGUUGUUGGGAAUGGAGCUGUUGGGAAAUCAAGUAUGAUUCAACGAUAUUGCAAAGGCAUUUUUACAAAAGACUACAAGAAAACAAUUGGAGUUGAUUUUUUGGAGAGACAAAUCCAAGUUAAUGAUGAAGAUGUCAGGCUAAUGUUAUGGGAUACAGCAGGUCAAGAAGAGUUUGAUGCAAUAACAAAGGCUUACUACCGAGGUAAAUUUUUGAGCCAAGCUUGUUUACUUGUGUUUUCUACUGUAGACAGGGAAUCUUUUGAAGCAAUUUCCAGUUGGAGAGAGAAAGUAGUAACAGAAGUUGGAGAUAUCCCAACAGUACUUGUACAGAACAAGAUUGACCUCUUGGAUGAUUCUUGUAUAAAGAAUGAAGAAGCUGAGGCGUUGGCAAAAAGAUUAAAGUUAAGAUUCUACAGAGCUUCAGUGAAAGAGGACCUAAAUGUAACUGAAGUUUUUAAAUAUUUAGCAGACAAAUAUCUUCAGAAACUCAAACAACAAAUAGCUGAAGACCCAGAAUUAAUUCAUACAAGUAGUAACAAAAUUGGUGUCUUUAAUACAGCUGGUGGAAGUCACUCUGGCCAGAAUUCUAGCACACUUAAUGGUGGAGAUGUCAUCAAUCUUAGACCUAACAAACAGAGAACGAAGAAAAACAGAAGCCCUUUUAGCAGCUGCAGUAUACCCUAAAGCCAUUUGAGGGUGAGGGGGGGAAAGGGAGGGAAGAAAGGGAAGAAUUAACAGAAAUUGGAUCAAGCUGUGCAAUUAAGGAAUACAGCCAGCUGUAAUGGUAUGUUAAUUGUGUUUUCUAGCAGACUUUGCACCUACUGGAUCUCUGAUAGAUGGUGAACCUAAAUAUUGUUGUGGCAUUGUUCUUUAAUGUGUACAGGGAGACCUCUGGUGGCAAAAUUGGAAUCAUUGCUACCCCUGUGCACUUAUUUUAAUUUUUUAUAUAUUAUAUAUAUAUAUACACACAUAAACACACACACACAUAAUUAGACGAUGCGUCUCCUGUUUGAAGAAACAUUUUAAAAACAUGAAAACAGGUUUUUGCUGAAUUUUAAAGGAUAUUAAAAACACAAUGCAUAAUAAACAUUGGUACAGAUCAUCAUAUUACGUAUGGACCAAAUGAAGCAGCAUUCUUUUAAUGGAAUUGAUCAGUCAGCCUUUAGGGAAGAGUAGUAUUGGAUCUUGAACACCUGUGAUUAAAAUAAUACUAUGGGGCAAAUUUAAAAUCUUGCCCAGACAGUAUUAGUGUAUUGGCAACUUUACUUGUGCAAUAUCUGUAUAAUAUGUGAAUGUUAUCAGAGGUAUGCAUGGAGAUAUCUGGUACUAAAGUUAAGCUGAAUGUAAGUACAGCAUUUUACUAAGGACACUAAGUUUCUGACCAACAUGAAUAAAACACUAUUACUACUGCUACACACACACAGCUGUUCAUUUCAAGUGAGAAAUUCCAAGCCUAUACUUUGCAAGAUAAAAUCCUUCUUCCUGUACUUGGGUUUAAAAAUUCAUUGUGCCAAAAAAAAGACAUAUAUAUUUUCUUGAGGGAAAAGCUUCAACUGUCUUACUUUUUAUUGAUUCAUGAUGUUUUAAAAAGUUGUUCAGACUAAAAAGUUGAAUAAAGGGGAACAUAUACUUAAGUAGUUACUGAGCUUAUUUCAGGCUAAGCAUAUGUAAUAACUAAAUUUUUCAUAUAGUCAUCUGUAAUAGUGAUACACUUAUACCAUCACACAUUGGCAGAGUAUUAGGAUUCAUCCAUAUCUGCAGUUAUCCAUAAGAUUCUUUGAAGUGAUAUGCUGUAUCUAGCAUAUUUAACCACUGGCUGAGCACCAAAUUGAAAACUUUGAAUUUAUGAGCAUUAUUUAAAAAUAAGCCUCAUCUUAAUUUUAAUUCCACAAAAGGUGUGUGUUUUUCUUUUACAGAUUGUUUUUUAAUGGCCAACAUCUCAGAAGCAUCCCUUUGUUUACACAAUUUGUAAGAUGUUUUAAGCUUAUCCCCUAAGAAUUUCUAUAAUAAAUCUCAAAUUGAUAUAGCACCUUUCUUCUGGAAAGCUCUAUUGGCAGAAAAUGCAAAAAUAAUUUCCUUUAAGAAAUAUUUUAAUAUUGUAAGCAUAAGUGCCAGAGUAUAAAAAUUGUGAGUAGAGAUUCUUUACUUAUAUAAUGUAUAUAUCCUAUUAAUAUUUGUCAUUAUAAAUUAAUGAUAAAUAUUAAGAGGCUUGUUUACUCUCUCUGUAUACCAUUUUAACAUAGUCAAAUGUUAUAGGAUUCUACAAUGGUACUGGGAAAGAAGGUUUCUUGAAAAAUAUAAAUGUCAUGAAAUCAUUUUACAUUUACUUGUACUUAGUAUUUGAGGGUUUUUUGUUUGUUUGUUAUUUUUAAAGAGAACUUACUAUCCCAGGUUUUCAUAUGGUGUGUUUGAUAUUUUAAGGCAACAGACUAGCCUUGGAGUCUUGAAGGUCUCAGUUUGUCUUGUUUCUGCCACAAGUUGACUCUGUGACUUUCAGCAAAUCAUUUAACCUCUUAAGGCCCCAGGCAUUUCUCUGAGACCGCAGAUUACAGAGCAGUGACUGACCUGCUUUAAUAGAGGGUCUUUGCCAGCUAGGAAUUCCCUAAACUGGAAGUGUCAGACUCUGCCUGCAAUAUUCUAGGGAUGGGCUUCCUCCCCCACUGCACUCUGAACAGAUCAAAAUGUUAUUGGGAUAUUUACAAAUAAAAACAUAACAAAACACAGAAAAUGUUAAUUUGUGGUUUUCUAAUUCAGUAUGCAGCCAGCCAGGGAUUCUUUUCUAUUAGAGUUUGACACCUCUUUCCUAAAACCAAUGAAAUCCUAGACUGACAGUUUGGAAGUUUCAAGGGCAUCCUAUGCCAUGUGGUUAUUUGCUCUACAAACACUAAAAUAAUCUGGAGUUAUAGCUAUUAGCAUAGUAAUAUAAAAUACUUAAUUCUUUUGAUGGCAGUUGUCAAUAAUAUAUAGCCCAUUGCUGGCAGUGGGACAUACAUUGAAGAAAACCUCAGUCCCCAACAUUAAACAUUUCAUAUUUGCUACAGUGUUUUGUCUUUCCUUAUAUAAUUUCUUAAAUCAGUCUUUUUUUGUGUGUGGGAAAUAUAUGUACACAUACACAUGAAAACAUCAUUGAAUUUAUUUCAGGUAGCAAUUGAAUAUAUAUAUUCUUUUUUUACUCUGCUAUAUAUUAAAUGCACAUGCUGAUGAGGGUUCCAGUUUAUCAAUAGUCUUUUUGUAAUAGGAUUUUAUGUAUUUUAAUUCUUUUUACAAAAACAGAAGAACAUUCAUUUGUACUACUGUACUUUUGUCAUACUUUAUCAGUCAUGACUUCAAAAUGUAAUCUUGGCUUCAAUUUUGUAGUAGGAUAAAAACUGCUUAAAUCAGAUUGUGAAGACAUUUCCCAAUUUAAUUGAGCUUUAAAAUCUUUAACAUAUUUUGAUUAGUUUAUUUUAAAACUUCAAAUUAAAGCACAGAUAAUAAAACAGCCCUUUUCAGGUUCCAGGUUAUUGUACAUUUGUGCUGCUAAUUUAAUUUUUAAAUUAAAAUAAUUCUUAGCAUGCUGACAUGCUGAGGAAAAAUUGCCAUAUUUGAGAGUUCCUCAGGUACUCAUUUUCCUUGUCAGGAAUAGUCUGUCUACUGGUUAAAUAGCAUACAGAAUGGCCUUUAUAGGGCAAAAUAAUUUAAGUGAAACCUCAUUCAAAUGGGCUAUUUUUUAUCUACUCCAAAUUUUUAGCACACUUGUAUUUUGGAAAAACUAAAAUACAAAAUAAUACAAAAAGAGGAUGAGUGAUAUUCCAUAUUUAUGGGAUGAAAAAUAUUUGGUUGUCUUUUAGAAGCUGGGCAAUUUAGUGCUGAAAGAGAAAUUUCUCUCAUUAAUGUACUCCAUUGUGCCUAUGAAUUUUAGGAAUCAUGAUUUUUUUAGAUCUCAAAAUAGUAAAUUGGCCUUAGGAGUUAAUUCUCCCACUUAAAAGUGUUGUACUAUUUUAAGUGAACAUUUCAGUGUAUAAUGAGAAUACCAUUGAUUGUUGACCUCACAGUUUCUGAAACUCUGAAAUAGUUAUUGUUUACUUGCUGAAAAUGCUGCCACUGGUAUGAAAUUAGGAAAUCCAUUUUCUCCAAAAAUAAAAUGAACUAGCUAGAAAUAUUGAAAAUAAUUGUGAAACAGUGCGUAAUGAAUAUGUAGACCAAACAUUAUUAAUUAUUGACUGAACUGAAUACCAUUUGCACUGGAGAACAUGAUGUCAACAUUUAGACUUUUAUUUUCAAAACACUUAAGCCUAACAUACAUUGAGUAAUUUCCAUCAACAAAAUUUUAAAAUGUCAUUCAACUCCAGUCACCACUCCUGAAAUAAUUUGGCUGUCCCUUUUCAUCCUGAGAGAUGUAUAGUGGAAUGUUGAUUAAUGGUCAUUAAAAUUUAAUAGUGGGGGCAGCUAGGUGGUGCAGUGGAUAGAGCACUGGCCCUGGAUUCAGGAGGACCUGAGUUCAAAUCCGGCCUCAGACAUUUGGCACUUGCUAGCUGUGUGACCCUGGGCAAAUCACUUAACCCCAAUUGCCUCACCAAAAAAAAAACAUUAAGAAAAAAAUUUAAUAGUGUCAGGAUCAGGACCAAAAGGAAAAUUGAGCCCCUUUAAUAUGUUGUUUGAACAUGAUCUUGUGCAUUUUGAAUGGAAAAACCAUUGUACGUAACUGUUGGAUUACAAUUGUGGCCUCAAAAUUAAUUUGAAAUGUUAUCACGUGAAAUAAUUUCAUGACAACUCCGAAGAUGUAAAAAAUAAAUUAAUUUUAAAAAUGA